GCUCAACACUCAAAAUAAACCAAAGAGAGGGACGUUCAACAAGUGUCCAGCGAAAGGAGAACUUGCAAAGUAAGCAUUUGUGAUCAUUUCUGCCAUGGCAAGUCCGGCUAUUUUCGUUUGUGAGAUCGAAGUGCUUCAUUACGCUGUUAGUGAAUUGGAAAGCUUACUAUUUUGGCAAGCUAAUGUUCGUUGCUAAGGGGAUUGGCAGCUGGUAACAGUGAAAUUUUCUGUAAAACUACCAGAAGCUGGGCCACACGCUUCAAAAUAAUGGCGUUUAAUCGGUAGAUUGUAAGUUGUGCCCCUCAAAGUGACAUUACAACAUUUUAGGAGUUCUUUAGACGAUAAAUCAAAUAUUCAAAUGUCUUGACUUGGCCUUAUUGUCUUUGAUGAGCAACUAUUCAGUGGACGAGUUCGGUGACUGCUUUAUUUUGAAAACAUGAACCGGAAAUGAUACGAAUUAAGCCUUGUAGGCAGACGCCUAGCUAUUCAACGACAACACGUUUUCUGUUUUGUGUAUUUUAACACUCUUAACUUUUUCCGUAAAUUUAGCAAAUUUGGACGUGCUUCUUUGACUUUAUGUAAUCUUUGGCCUAUUGUGAAGCUUUCGGCUACAGAUAUUCCAGAAACCAUCGUCGUAUUUCAAUAAUAUUUAACAUUUUAGUUAUGGUUUAUAUUGAACCGUAUCGUCGUAAGUUCCAUAUACCUGUCAAAAUAUACUGCGAGAUGCCCAAUAGAUAUACGGUGUUAUCAAAAGAGCGAAAACGGAUCAUUCUGUAAACAAACCAAAUAAAACAGAAUAUUGUUUAUACUCUUUGUUUAUCUUAGUUUUCAUAAACUAUCAAUGUCCUUUUUACGAGAAAAAAUAUCAGAUUUUAAUUUUUACUCAACCCCAACCCAAGCCUAAGACUUUAGUGAUUAUUUAUCUCCAGAAAUCAGACAAUAAUUGGUGUACCUUUGCUCACAAUACCCUAAGUUGAAAAUCUGUCCAUUUUUUGACCAGCUGCAUUCAUUGCUGGCCUCUUUCCUAUUCUGAAACAGUGCACAAUAUUUCAAGAACUUUGAAUUCUCUUUGUCUUUCUGUCUUUUAUCUAGUUCCCAGUCUGCUGAUGGAUUGGAUUUAGCGAUAAAAUGACCCACAGGCUGACUAAGGAGCAGCUGGAUGAACAGUUUGAGUUGUUUUUAAAGGAGGUAAAUAAACACUGGGAAAAAAAAUAAAAAACACCAGUUUACUGAUGACAUACUAUCAUGUUUUUCAUUGGUUGCAUGUAUUGCACAUCACGAAAGCUGUCAGAAACAGAUAUGAGUAGUCACAGUCAUGAUAUAAAGGCUUAUAACCCUAAGGCAAACUCUUUUGCUGUCAGUCUGUUUCAGAUGACUCUGUGGAUUUUGGCUCCUCUGACAAGAAGACUUUUGCUAAAACCAGCAAGAAAUCAACCCAGAAACCAACAGUGUCCUGGUGGCCAGAUGACGAUCAGAGUGAUGGAGGAGCAGAGAGAGGUAAUGACAUGGAGGAGAUUCAUUAUAGUACAUCACCCAUCAAAACACACAUAUUUCAGAUCAAUAAUUUGAACUCUGCCUGAGUCUGUGUCAACCUUCUCACAGUUUGUGGUCAGAUCAAGCAACUCACACACAACCGCAAAAAUAAAAAUAAAGAAUAUUCACGGACAAAGUUUCUUUGUAAAAAUAAUCCAGAUUUCUGGAUUUUCAGACUCCCAUGAAGGUAGUUCAUAUGAACCAAAACACAUUUAUGAUAAAUAAGCUGCUAAACUUUGUGCUUUUUGAAAUUAAGCCACCUGCUUUUUUAACAAUGCAUUAAGAGUAUUUUGUUCAUGUGUUUGAACUGGAUAAAGAUGCUUCUAAAGAUGUUUGUGAUAGACUCCCUCUGUGAGAUUUUCUUAUUAAUCCAAACCACUGAAUGUUUCUCUGUCUGUGUAAAUUCAAAACCUCAGCUGAGCGGUGCACAUGUUGAGAGAAGUGGGAACAUAUUUCACAGCUCUGUAUUCUUCCAACUAUCAUCUCUCCAAGGUUUGAAAGACUGUCUUCUUGUGUUCUUCUUUCCUCUUCUUCUGUUUCUCCUCUUUCCUCAGCAGAGAAGACCAAAAGCAGAUUUAUCAAAAGCAAAAAGUCACAGCCAGAGAGCAAUGAUGGUGAGAAUCAGUAGAAAUGACAUCUAAAUACUUGUAGUCCACAUCCAAAUAAGACAAUUCAUUUUAAAACACUGCCUCCAUUUCUUUCUGUAAAUACAACAGAUAACUGUGAAUGUGAGCCUGCUCAUCUUCUGUUUAGUUCCUUCUUCUGUGGUGAACCAUAGUUGGUUGUACUUUCACCCGGCAUAUGUUUUUGUUGUUGUCACACACUUUUCUUUUCCUGUUGUCACUAAACAGAUGAAGUAAUCUGAGUCUCUCACUGCACACUCACCUGCACAUGCUCCCUCUCUCUGUUUUUCUCUUUUAAUGUGUCUUCUCUGCUUUUGUAGAGUUGCCCAAAAAUCACAAUACAGACACUUUUUUUCUCUUGAUUUUAUGUGGAGAGGAAGGAUCAGAUUUAUCUCGCUGGCACAGACCGGCCACGCACACAGGAAAUUGACGUGUAAUAACAUGAAGAUUGUUUAUCUGCAGAGAGUGAAUUAUUGUCAGCAAUCAAAUUUGUAAUGGGAAGACUGGGAGGAGGAUUUCUGCUGACUUCUGGUGUGAUAUGUUUGACAAAUGAGACACUAAAAACAGAAAGUGCUUCACUUGUUAGCCAAAUACAUUUUAAGUGGCAGUUGAUAUUAAUUUAGUAUAGCAGUUUAGUUGUGGCUAUGAGCUCUGUGAAGCAGCUCAAUAUUCCUCUAAUUUAACAAAAGGCAAAAACCCUCUUUAUAUACUUCAACAAAUGUGAUUGUUAGACACUGUCCAGUACAUGCCUCCGAUUCUCCCAGAGUUAGGACUCUGUGUAAGACGUUGAUAAAAACACCUCAAUUUUUUUCUUCUAUGGUGUCUGAAGUCAUCACUGCCGAGCCUGUUCUUAAACCGGUCCCCAAACCUCGCUCCAAAGCUUUGGAAAAAGUGCUUCAAUUGGAGAAGACGUACAAAGAAACACUUCACAGAGCCCCAUCAGAUGACCCUCACUCUGACAGUCUGAGUGCUUCUACACGAGCAAACCUCCAGAGUGAGUCUGAAGAGAGGAGAUCAGAUGAGACUCAGUCCUGUGAUUCUCCAGCAGCCAGCAGUGAGGGUCUCUCCCAGGGUGGCAGUGAAGAUGGUAACUUAAACCCCCAAACCCCCAAACCAUCAGCUAGUGCUAACAUAGUCCCCCAGAAGUAGAGUUGUACACUUAAGUAGAACAAGUAGCUCUUAAAAAUUGUCAUCUCUACUAACCUCAUGUAGUAUUUGUCCUGAUGUUGUCAUGCAUUGCUCAACAAAGACUCUUUGUUUUUAUUUUAGUGAAAACACGAGUGAGACUGCGUAUUAGUUUUAGUUUCUUUUUGUUUUUACCUUUAUAUGGCAGAAACGCAUUCUUAAAUUUUGUGAAAAGCUGAAUUUAUCUCUUGUCAGAUAUUUUGACAGGCAUGUUUCUUGCUGUGCGGAGACAUAAUUUUAUUCUCUUGUUCCUGCUGCCUUUACUGUAAAAUCUCUGCCUCAACACUACCUUUGCUGCAUCUUGUGUUGAUCUGUUGCGUCGAUUUUUGCAGAUCAAAUAUACGGUGGAAAUGCAUAGUAGCCAUCAUACAGGUGUGUUUACACAGUUAGAAAACAAGUUAAUCUCUGGUUUACUGAACAUUUUGGACUAUAAAGGUCAAGGUCACAAAGGUACUAAGGUGCCUGGCUGUAUAAAGUUUUUAAAAUGCUUUAUGAGAAUAACUGUCAAUCAGUAAAACUGUGUUGAUUUUAGGAGGGCAUUUACUUUUAUGAGCAGGUUGCACAUCUUUUGCAGAGUCUCAUAAUUGAGGCCUCAGCCGGGAGGAUUUAGUUCUCAGCAUUUAAGAGCAUGUCCCCCUUUCUGUCUUUUCUGCAUUUCGUAUCUUUCUACAGCAUUCACUGGCUAAUUUAGGCCAACAAGGGAAAGAAAGAACAUACAUAUGAAAAUUGAGUCAUUUAGUGUGUAGUUUUUAAACACUUGGAAGUUUAAAAAUUUAAAUAAAUUAGAUUAGCAUCAAGAGAGUCUCAACCACAGAUAAUUUGAUAGACCGGUGAUUGGUGAGAGAAGAUAGGAAGAAUAUUAUCAAAGUCCUCCUCAGUCAUUUAAAACAGUUCCCUGUGGUCUAAAUAAUAUCAGAAGUGAUGAUAGAUUUAGCAGCAGAGGAAGGUUGAGACCCUGUAUUUAAGCAGUGACUCCUCAGAAUGGUCUUCAUAAUGGAACCAACGCUUGUCUCCAAAAAGCUCUUUCAAAUUGUCUUGAGAUAAAAUGUCUUACAAAGAGAAAAGACAUGUUCUCCAAAUGUUUCACUUCAUUUUAAAGAGACCAGAAGAUACGGUUAAUUGUAUUUUGGUUUCUUUUUGCAGUGAUUGUUUAGUAUUCUUUUUAUGUAAGUCAACAGAAAUAUUUGCAAUAAUUCAGUUUUCAUUUAUGCUGUUGGUUUCAUGAACAGUUAUAACCUUGAACUUUUAAGAUGUACAUUUCUGAAGGAGUAAGGAGAAAAUCCUUGAACCAGAGAGGUAAGUAAACAAAACACUGGCUUAACUGUAGCGUUCAAUCAAUGCAACUAUUAGAGAUCAAUAUUUCCUUUGUGAAGCCUAUGAAUAUUUAUGAUCUUUUUGUGUCACCCGUCUAAUCCACUGUAGGUAACCUCAAGGACCCUGUGCUGUGUUAUAUACAGACAUGAUAUGAUACUCUAAGGAUUCUCUCUACAUGUUUGUCUGUCCAGGGAAGAGUUUCAGGAAGUCUCUGAGGAGGUCUCAGUCCAUUCAGGAGGAGGUGGAUGCAGAGGAGUCAGGUCCAAAAGAAGAGGGGUUUAAAGAAGCUACUUCUAUGAGAGAUGAUGCAGAAAUACUCGGUGAGUGUUACACAACACAUGGACAGGAUCUGACUGUUGUAGGGAUCAAGAAACUUGGAUUUCAACUUUACUUUUUCUACUGUUGGCUGGAUAACAUUUUGCGCAACAAAAAACAAAAGAUGAGUAUAUAAUCUCCUCUCCCUGCUCUCCUCUCUCCACAUGUGGCCACCAGAUAGUUUGUACCACUGUUGCACGACAUGGAAAAAAAAAAUCUGAGCUUUUUAUAAUGAAGUAAAAGUGAGAGCUGUUUGAGGGGAGGGGAAGGGAUGCACCUACGCUCAGCUGUUAAUAAAGAAAGAAAAGAGGUAGCAGAUAGCUCUGUAUUGUUUAGUCUUAAUUACCAUAUUUUUAAUUUUCUAAUCAAAAUUGAAAAAUCGCCCAACUUUGCCAUGAGUCCAGUUAAUAUUGCGCUUUAAAAUAAAGACCAUUAUGUAGACCCUUUUUUGCAGCAUAUGCAGAUUUGAAAGGUUUUAGCACAUUCAGCAGUAACAAAGAAAUUGUUAAUAAACGUAUUUCAAACAGCAGCUCGUUUGAAUACUCAUUAGGCAAAAGUGCUUUUUAAUCAAGAUGAAGCCUUUUAUAGGAGCAUCUCAGUACAUGAGAAUUUCAUGUAAAAGUUCAUGUAUUUAACUCAAAACAGUAGACUGUCGGAUGUCUUUGUAUUUGUGGCUUGAAAAGUAAAACAUUUCAUAUUCACUUUUGCUGAGUGUGAUGACUUUGGAUGAUAGCUCAUGAUAAUCAGAAUACCAGUGUCUCACAUGCUAAGAAUAUUUCCUGAAAUCAAUUAUAAAAAUGAUUUAAAAUGUACUUGGACAUCUCUGUGAAUAAGAAAUUAGUUUGAGAGCACUAAAGUGUCUUUUUGUUAUUGAAAAAAGUCAACCUAUCCCAGUUUUGAUAAUCAUGGUCUACAAAAAUGUACAUAUAGGUCUGACAUUUCAGGUUUCUCUCUUUUUUGUUAUGACCAAAGUGUCAUGGUUUUUCCUCCUUAUCUUUUUUUGUGUGUUCAUACCAAUUCAGCGAUGGCACCAGCUGCAAACACAACCAGUCUAGGUUUGGACACCCUGGAGGAGGAAGAAGAGAAAGCUCGCUUCUUCUCACAGUUUGAGUCUGGAGCUUCAUCAACCAUCGAUUACUCCAGGCUGAACAAAGAACUGGAUUCAACUAGUUCAACUGACUUCAGGUGAAUAAAUCAGAAUUAACCAGUUUACAGCCUGUUCAGUAAUGAUCAGCCGGUCCUCUCGGAUAUGACUGAUUCUGUGCUGAGAGAAAAAAAAAAAAACACGGACCUGCAGGAGGAUGAGCUAUUACAGUUUCCUGACACAUUCAUUCUGUCAAGUCAUGAAAAUUUCACACCUAGAUUAACCAAAACACCCAGAAUCCUGCACAGGACUCAAUCAUAUGGGACAGCUGUCACUCUGUGUGUAAAUGCAACCGAUAUGAGAGUCCUUGGGGCUUUUUUGGCGCAGGUGUGAUGUGUGAUGUUUUUUCUCCACAUUGCUGGUUCAGUACAACUCUCUAUGGAUAUCUGAAAAACAGGGCCCCAUGCAGGCGUUAACAGCAUUUUUAAUUCUAAAAAAUGUAGAAAUGCCAUCCUGUCCUGUGUUACAGUGACAUUUUUAAGGACAGUUUCCAUCUCCUUGGAGUCGAUCAGAAGCCUUUCUUUAAAUGGUGCAGAUACUCAAUAUCGGGGCAGAAAGUUAAGAAACUGCGCGUUUUGGUCUAAUGAAAAAGUCACCUAUCAGAUUGAACCCCAAAACUUUGCUGUGAUUGACACUACACCAGAGACCAUGCAAACAAGCUUGUGGUAACUGCUGCAGGGACUGCGCUGCUCUUAAUAACGUGAAGAUCAGGGUUGUUACCAUGGUGUAAUUAUGAUGUUCUUCCUGCAGGAAAGCUGAGGGAGAGGAGGAGCAAAGUGAUGAAGAUAAAAAGAAGGGCAGAAUCAUAGAGAGAGAAUCACCAGGUAAGAGCUCUGAGCCUGAUGCAUCUCUGUCCUCAUUCUCUAAGUCUUAACUGGACUCUUUGUCUCUCUUUACUCAGGCUCUCCACACUACAGUGAGGAUUUUGAGGAAGAAGACAACAGAAAAGAGCCUCAAGAGGAGGUUUGUAGCUAAAACUAUCAGAUUUUAAAGUCACAUGGAGUUCUUAUUAAUAUCGGUUACUUAAAAUGAUCCAAAAUUGUUUAGAGUGUUUCACUGUUUGACUGAAACUCUUCACUACAAUGUUUUUGAAUCGUUUGUUGAUUCCCUCAUAUCAACAUUAACUGAGGAGACCAGUUUUAGAGUUUAGAAAGUGAUGUCCCAUCUUUGCAGGAAAUAAGAUUUCAGCUGCUCAGCAGUUCAGGGUCUCCUUUGUCAUUUCAUGCAGAAACAUGAUAAUCAGAGGGGCGAGUCAGGAUUGCAGUCAGGAUGGUUUAUUAGCAAGACUCUCCGACUGCAGAGCCAUGUUGUUGUAAUCCCUGCAGAAUGUGGUUUGUCAUUGUCUUUCUAACGCAUAAAGGUCUUUACUGUAAAAGUCAUCGUCUGGAUGGUAGCAGAUGUUGCUCCUAAACCUGUAAAUAUAGUUGAAGAUUAAUGGAGCCUUCACAGAUGUGGAAGAUAUCCAUGACAUUGACACUUGCUAUCAUAGAUGCUGGCUUUGAACUAACUUUAAACUAAACUACAAGCUGGGUGAUCCUUCCAUGAUUUCUAAAAAAAAUAAAUCAUGUAUUCAGGUAUGUUGUGUGGGUUAAAUGCAUCUAUUAAAGAAUUUUGUUGUUUGAGAUACUUUUCAGUAUACCACACAUGUCUUAUUGUGUUACAGUUUGAAGCCAAGCACCCUUAACCAUGAUUAAGUCUAUUACAAAUUUGUGUGACUAAGCUUUAAAAAGUGAUGGAUCAAAAAUCCUUGGAGAUGGCACCACUGUCAUUGUCGCACACCGAAGCAGGAUCAUUUGCUCAGCUUUGAUCAUUUUUCACAAUUUGCUCUCCUGAAACUGUUUUUUUUUUUUUUUUUUUCGUUUUAAUGCGUGCAAAAUUUGCUCCAGCACCAACAAAGCAGUGGUAGAAACAUCAAGGGUACAGCUUGUGGAAAUGUUAAAACCACGCAUCAAAAGACCUCCUUUAGGCAGUCAGUGUUUUCCAUAAAAAGGCUCUCAAAUGUGGAAAACACUGCCAACUGAAACAGAGAUCACACAAGAUCAGAAGAUGUUCUUAAAAAGCAUGAAAGGGUGGUUAAAUCAAAAUCAAAGAUGUGAGUCUUUUUGCUCACAGUGCUUGCAGCUCACUGAUUAGCACUUAAGGUCCGUCAUGUCUGCUAAAUAAAUGCCCAAAAAUGUAGAACUUAAAAAAGUCAAUAAAACCGUCAUCUUGCUACAUGAUUCAGUAAUUCCUGCUGUUUCUGUUUUUCAGAAGUCUAAGAUGUCUCCAAUUCUUGCCAAAGGUAAGAGAGGAAAUAUGUCAGAGUAAUUCAGUUUUCUUUGUCUGAUUUGUAGAAUAAAAGCACCUUUUAAAGGACAAAUGCAAAGACUUUACAGCCCAGUCUGUGUAUGUUUAAUUAUUGUCUUAUCAUCGUAUCCUGCUGGCUGCUGAAAUAAACCCUGUAAUUACUAGUUCUUUACUAAUAAACUUCUCAGAGGAGUAACUAUGUAUUUAAAUUGAUGUUUAUACCAUAUAACAGUGUGAUUCUUCUUGUCUCAGUUUCUCUCUAUGAUUCUCUGGAUGACACUGGUGGAGACAACAGAGAGAAGCUCAUACCCGCAUCAGAAGACAAAGGUAACAAGCACAUUCAGCAGAGUGAAAGAUAAAACUGCUGUUCAGACACAACCAACAAACAGUUUCAGUAUGGUUUGCUCCUGAAGAAGCUUUCAGACCUUUUGUGCAACAAAAAUGUUUUAUAUUGACACUUCCAGGCUUGAUGGGCUUUCACCAGAAUUUACAGUUUCCCAACACUGAACUUGAUUCCUAAAAAUGAAGAGUGUCUUUAUUUAAACCUCAAUGUAACCUGCAAGAAUAGCUCUUUUUUUUAUCCAGUUUAAUUGAUACAUGACAAAAUACAUGCAUUUUGUGUUCAGGUCAGUCUUAUGUGCAGAGUGGAGGCUCAGAGAUGGAGGCUCUUCAGGAGGCCUACAGACAGAUCCAUGUGGUUGAGGACUCAGAAGACCAUGAGCGUCAUUAUUCAGACCUGGAAAGCAGAGAGGGAGUCGACAGAUCUGCCUCUCCGCCCUCCCCACCUCCUCGUCAUAUUAGACAGUCUCUUCAGCCGGCUUCUACUGCAGAGUCAGGUCAGAUACUUUCACUGUGUCAUCAGUAUUUGGGACUUUUAGUGUAAUUCUCUGUCUGGUUUGAGUGUCACAGUGUUUUAACUAGACUGUCCACAGGGAGGAUUGAGAUGAGUUGAUUUUCUAAAAAGAGGAUUGUUCCCUUUGUAAUCCACCAAACUCAGUUGCCAGAAACAUUCAUAAUACUUCCAUGACUGUAUCAUGUGUUGCAUGAAUCUAGUUUUGGAUCUAAUGGGACAUUUACAAAUACAGAGUAGCAUUACAGCACAAAACCAUCUUAAUAGCAUCCAAGAAAGACACACUGAUACGGUGAUAGGCUGCCUGAAGAUGUUCCAUGUUAAAGCUGCUGUGGGCAACUUUUUGUUUGUGUUGAUUAUGGCGCCCCCUGUGGACAAAGUCAGACCUCUUAUCUAUCAUCCUGUUCAUGUGAGAGUUUAGUUUUCAGACAAGAAACUCAUCCUGUGAAGUAUAAUUACUUCAUGCAUUAGCCGUGUCCAAAUUCAAAAAGGCGUUUUUUUAGCCUGAUGUAAAUCAUCUGGUCCGACAACUCUACCUUCACAGAGUUUUGAAACAUUCAAAUUACUGAAGUGAAAUUCAGUCUUGCUGCUGAUGGUCUGCAUCAGCAUCAGUUUUAGGCUGUUUCUCAAACGUCUCACGGUGCCUUUAGAGGCGACACACAGACAAACACACAUAUAAAGUGGUUAAAGUAGUUGACUCUUUGAUUAGUCGGUGAAACUUCUGCUUGUUUAUAACAGUGACUUUGUGUUUUUUAAUCCAGAGCUCCCUACUGCUGAAGAGUUAAUGAGACCCAUCCGCCCUGAGGUGGACCAAAACAGAGGUUUCUCUCUGCAGCCUGUCAGGUUUGAUCUUAAGAGCAACAUCUGAUUCUUGACAAACAUACAUGCUGAUAGUCUCUUGAAAUGUCUGAGUCAGAACUUGUGCACAAUAGUCAGACUUGUGGAUUUUGGAAAAUAUUUCCAAAGAGGUUUACAUUUCUUAAUCGAUAAAGUUUUGUGCCAAAAAAUGUUUGAGUAUUUUCCUCGUUAUAUUUGUUGGUAACAGUGCUGCAGAAUCCAACCAAGAAACGACACCACGACCCCUGGAAGGGACUUUUGUGACCUCUCCGGAGGAACACGUGAAGCUACCAGAACAGGCGACAGGAAAAGAAGGACUCAAAGGAUCCACCAGCCACCGGUCCAACUCUCCAGACUCUCCUCACUACGACCCGACCUGGAGCAUCAGACAGGAAGUGGAGCGGCUAAUGAAGGAUCAGGACAAACCUGAUUCUCAUGCAUCCUCUCAAGCUGGCAAAACCAAAAAACAACAGGUAAGGAUAACUUUGUGGAGGUAAAGUUACAUCAUUUUGUCAGUUUUAAGUUCAUCUGUCCUCAUUGUGAAUGUCUUUACAUAAGGUGACAGAAAGUUAACAAGCUUUAAGAGGAGUCAGAGGCUGAAGUCAAUUUAAAUCUUCUUUACUGUCAUUCUGAAAACUACAGCAUUGUAUAUACAUGUGCAUUUAACAAGCCUCAAAAUGUUGGCAUACGAAAAUGACAUUCAUAUUAUUGGUUCAUUCAAUUUGAUAUUUGAUAUUUGCAUAUUUGAUAUUUCUUCCCAGACUUCCUUUGGCUCCACUUUUUCUCACGCCUCCACAUCCACAGUGAGGAAACCCACCCCAGCCUCUGUGAGAGGUAGAAGAGUGGAGGGGAGGACAGCUGUCACCUCCAGAUCUUCAGGGAUGAGUAGAGCUGCCGCGACUACCAAAACCCAGACUACUGCUUCUCGUCCCCUGCAAGCAAAAUCCAAGGUCACAAAGAGCCAAGAGAAAGAAGAUUAUGCAGGUAAUCAGAGGAAACGAAACUCAAAAAGUCAGGUCACUGGGAGUCUGUGAAGACACAAGUCUGUCAAUUCUAGAGCUGUGUGUCAUGUGUGUUUUCUGAUUGUUUGAUGCGCAGAUCCAGGUCUGAGGGCGAGCAAUGAGCUGGUGUCCUCGGUCCAGUCCUUAGUGAGCGUCCUGCAGCAGCAGAUUGACACCAGCCGUCACCGAGAGGUUGCAGCUUUUCCUCAAGACCCCAGACUGACACACCAACUUCAAAACAACAAGGUAAAAAAAUACCCGCAAAAAGAUCUGAGGUGUGGAUUCAAUGUGCAAACUGGGCACAGCAGGGAUUUAAAAGAUGAGGUUUGCACAUCCAAGUUUAAACGUUUGUUAAAAGAAGAAUGAAGGUGUGUGAGAAUGGCUUUCAAGACCCCUCAUAUACCUCUCUACACUUUGGUUUUGGUGUUUUUCUUACAGGGGGAGGAGGAGGAUUGUUUUCUAGUGGAGGAACUGAGAUCUCAGCUGGUUCAGAAAGAGAGGGAGCUUGAGAGGAUGAAGAAAGAAGCUGAGGAGAUCACCUCACUGAAACAGCAGAACUUCCUGCUGCAGAGCAAGGUGCCUUAAGAAACACACAACACCUCUCAAAAGAAAUAAGAAUUAUAGAAUUUAGAGAGAAUUUUUUUCAGCUGCAGUCAAAUCAAACCUUUUAUAUUUGGGUCGUGACCCUUUUUGUCCUGAAAUAGCUGUGUGGGCAGAUGUACAGGUGGUUAAAUUUAAGUUUUCAUGAUCAGAUUAAAAAAAAAAAAGAAAUCUGGACACCAUAAAAGCAAAGGUGAUGCAUCUUCAAUAUGAACCUUUAAACUAUGUUUCUUAUUCACAGCUGCGAAGUGCAGAGGAAGCAUGUCUGAAUAAAAACAGAUUGGAGGAUCUCAAUGACUCUGCUGUGAAGGAGAGGCUCCAGCAGAUGGAUAAAGAAAUACAAGAGCAGGAAAUGCUUAUUAAAGGUUACCAACAGGUGAGUUUUCUUCAGUAUUUAUUUAUCAAUGAUGAACCAAAUUAGUAAGUGGCUUUACUUGUAAUCUUUUUGAUCACCUCUGAUAUUUUCUGAUUCAGUCAUGUUUUUUGUUUUCCUUUUGUGCUCAUUUGAAUGAAGUGACGCCAGGUUUGUUUUUCAGGAGAACGAGAAGCUGUAUUUGCAGAUGAAGGCUCAGCAGGCUAAAGGUAAAGCUAAUGAGGAGGCCAUGUUCAAUGAAAACCAGACUCUGCUGAAUCAGCUGGCUUUCACCAGGUGAGUUCGGUAAAGUUGUGACUGUAGAGUAAGUUUAAAGAGUAGGUUUAAACAAAGGUAUAAUUUUCGGUACAUGUUCUAUGUAAAUGUAAUGUAGAGGUGAAAUGUAAAGAUCAAAACUACGACAGACUGAGAACUAGACACAGUUCUACAAUCCUCUUCCUUUGGCCUCAGACUCAGACAUGAACUGAGUAUGGCUUUGUAAACUUGAUGUCAUGUGCAUCUGGUAAUACUGCUGUUUAAUACUGUUACUGCACAAGCAAAAAAGUAAUAUGUAUAUUUCUAAAUAGUAGAUCAUAUUGCCUGUCAUAGGAAGCUCAACCAGACUGCAGCAGUACCUUUGUUAGAGACCUGACUGUUACAGAUACAACAUCAGCAAAACUUGAAUUGGACUCAAGGGGCCCAGAGGUCUUAAAGUGAUCUGAUCUAGUAGUUUAAAAAAGUAUUAAUGAGAAUAUGUUGAGUUUAUAUCUGAAGGUAUUUGGUGUUUUUCUGUCUGCCAUCAACAGAGACCAGCUGGAUAAAAACUCAAGGCCUGCUGGAAAUAUCUGCCUGAUGGAUCACACUCGGCGCAUCACAGACUUGUUGGCUCAAAUAGACACGUUUCAAGUAAGCAUAAUGGGACACUCGUGGUAAUGUAGCAUUCAGAUGACAGGGUUUCUUUGUCCUGUUGAAAACCGUGAAGCUGUUUGCAGCAGGUUCAUACAGGCUUUCAUGCUCAGUGUGAAACAGAGUAAAUACAGAUGCAUCUGAAAACAUCAGAACGUCCCAAAACAAAAGUUCCUUUUUCCCACGAUUUGAUGCAAAAGUGAAACUGUUGUAUAUUCUAGAUUUAUCAGACACAAAGUGGAAUAUUUCACGACUGAUUUUGUGUCAAUCUUAAAAAUCAAAAAUCAUUCAAGAGGUUCGGCUUUUCAUCAGGACAUGCUCACUUCCUGAUCUGAGGAGUGCAGCACAUGUGUUAAAGUGUCCCCUGUCUCCUUUUUGUUGAGCUGGCACAGUCCAUUUUUAUACUUCAUCAGCAGACUACAGUUAAAAAGCAGAUUUUGCAAAAAGACGAAAACUCUAAAAAAAACUUGAACAUUCAGGACCUUUGGCAAAAAAAAAAAAAAAAAAAAAAAAAAAACUCAGCAUGAACAGGAGCCUAAGGAUGAGCAUAUUGCUGAUGUAACAUGUAUGGUAUGGAUCGGUGUGGCUGUGGGUUGAGUUUGAGCUGCCUCAGAAAUUAUGUUCCUGUGUGCAGAGGAAUGAGGCCAAACUGUGUGAGGACGUUCACAGACUGACUCAAGAGAAGCAGGCUCUGCAGCUCGACCUGCAGCUGAUGAAGAAAGAGAGACACCUGGCUAAAACUCAGGCUGUGUCCGCUUCAGGUAACACCCGAUUCAUUAGGUGGAAUUUCUUUUCAAAUAUGUUUCAAGCAAAAAUGGUGCUUCGAUUGUGAGAUCUCAAACAUGUUCAUACUCCUGUGUGUUUCUUUUCUGAAUGUGUCAGGUGACAGGACUUUGGAGGUGCGUAUGUUGGAGGAGAAGCACCGAGAGGAGGUGUCAGCGCUGAAGAAGAAGCUGCAGUGGUUUGCAGAGAACCAGGAGCUGCUGGACAGAGACGCAGGCAGACUGAAGGCUGCUACAGCUGAGAUACUCCAACUCAAAGAACAGGUGAGACUCUGCUUCCUCCAUCCGAUUCAUACAGUUUACUUGUUUUCAUAUCAACACUUGAAGUGUUUUUACAAUUAUUGUUGCCCAUGCGAAGAGUUUGUGCUCAACAAUUGACAAAGAUUUCCUGGACUCUGUCCUGAGGUUUGACAUAGGAUCAAAUAUACUGCGUAGAAAAACACAGAACUUAGCACACAGUGUUUCUUUUCCCUCCAAUUAAACGUGAUUCAGUAUGACUCCAGUUUUCCCGUAAAGAUCAAUCCUACUAUCAUUUAUGUGAGAUUUUUGCUAUCAUAUCUUCAAGUAUAUGCUUAUCCAGCACUAAAGAGAAAUCCUAACUUUUGGUUGUUGUUUUUAAGUUUAAAACAGAAGUCACAUGUUUUUAUUUCAGGUAGAAAAACUCAAAUCAGAGGUGAGCAGACGGAGCAGCGAGCAGCAGAGGAAAACCCGAGAGAAAACCCUGGAAACGAAAAAGAUGCAGGACCUCGAGCGUCAGGUUUGUGUCACAUCCAAACAAACUAACUCACCAAACUUUUCACUCUCUGUCCUCAUCACUCCGGCCUCUGUCUCUUUGUGGCUAAAGAGUCUCCCUGUCUUUACCAGGUGAAGGAGCUGGAGCAGAUACUGAGACGUAGAAACCCAAACUCUCUCCCCGCACUGAUCUACGCUGCAGCCUCAGCUGGAGGCUCAGAGGAUGCUGGCGCUGCCAAAACGUCCCCACCGAGCAGGAUCAACGCUCUGCUGGAGCGCAGGAUCCAGCGUUUGGAGGCGGAGCUUGAGAGCCACGACGAGGAGGCCAAACGCAGCCUGAGGUCCAUGGAGCAACAGUUUCACAGGAUCAAGGUGAAGAAAACAGGAAAUUUCCAAAGUGUUCUUGAAAUUUUAACCAGACCUGAUAUUUACGAGUAUUCUGCUGUAUCUGCACCCUGCUGAGGUUUCACAGAUGUUUUUGGUGGAGCUGGCACGAGUCUUUUCCUCAAUGUACCUCUUAUGUUUAUAAAUGUACUCCCAAAAAAAGAAAUUUGAGUUAAUAAGCUACAUCAGAUUUUUACAUAUGAAUAAAAAACUCAGUAAUGGUUCACAACACAAGAAGAAAAAAAAACGAACUGGAAUUUGUUUGUGUUUAGCUCCGUUAUGAGCAGCAGAUCUCAGAUCUGGAGCAGCAGCUGGAGCAGAAACAGCAGCUAGAAGCUUCAGAUUUAAAAGCUGCAGCAGAGCCGUGGACGUCUCAGGUUCAAACUCUGGAGGAGGAGCUGAGGCGCAUCAAAGAAACCCACCAGGAGAAGGAAAAAUCCCUGCAGGACCAAAUCGAGUCUCUGCGACAGCAGCUGAAACAAAAGGUUUGUACUCCAGGAGCUUGACAAAACAACUCCUUCAGCUCUAACUUCACUGUCAGCUCUACUAUUCUGAAUUAAACACAUAUAUCCUUACUCAUGCAGGCCCAGCCGAGUCCGAGCCGCCACCAGCGUCAAGCUGAAGCAGCUUUUGGCGUCCGAAUCGACCGUCUGAAUCAAGAGCUCGCUGCCAAGACCCGAACUGUUCAGGAGCUGAGCCACACUGUGGAGAGACUGCAGAAGGAGAGGAGGAACAUGCUGUCAGGACCCAAACCCCGACCAGAACCUCGACCUGCAGAAAGCAAACGACAAGCAGGAGCUGCAAAAAGUGUAAGCGCAGCUCCUGCAGGAGAGGCGUGUGGAGGGGAGGAGACGUUCCCAGCUGCUGCUCAGUAUGAGAAAACCUACCAGCCCACCAUCUUUACAGGUACAGAGGGGCUCCAUGGUCCUCUGCAUGUUUAGAUUGAAGUAGGAUUCUUUUUUCAGCAGAGAAACAAGCUAGAUACUCGAUAACUAGAUAAGGUCUGUGAGUGUGUGCAGCAUCUUGGGAUCUGAGUGUGUCCUCAUGACUCUGAGAAAGUAACAGGUGCUUUAAACAAAAACUGAAACAAGCCUGACUUCUCUGGAUCAGGUGGUAGUAGCUGCAAAGGUUGGUACUUUAACUUACAGCUGCACUUAUUGAACAGAAGUUAAGUUACUUUUUUCAUUAAAAACAUUCAAAAUGUGUCGCUCAUGCACUUUUUACAAUUCAAAGUAAGUGAGUUUGCAUCACUGCUUACAUCUUCAAGUCUGAGGCUUUGUUGAGUUUUUGUGUAUUUUACUGCUGAAGACAUUCGUGAUGAUUUCAGUGUUUUAUUGUUGGGUCCUCUAUUAGGAAGUCACAUCUCAGAGGUCCUGCAGGAGAAUGAGGAUCUAAAGCGAGAUCUGGAGCUGCUGCAGCAGCAGAGUGAACAAGACAGAGAGGCACUGAAGGCUGACGCUGCUCAGGCGAGGGAGGAGCUGGACAGGUAUAUGAAGCAGUUUGUGAGAACAUGGACUGAGAUUUUCUGUAGACACGAUCAAUCACUGGGCUGAAUGUGUCUUCUCAGGCUGCAGGGGGAGUCUGCAGAGCGGCUGUCCUCACUGAAGGCUGAACACCUCAGGGUGUUGGAUCAGCUACGCGCUGCUCACGCUCUGGAGCACUCUGCAUCGAAGGUCGCUGAGCUGACUAAUAAGCUUCACUCUCAGGAGGUAAGAGCCUGACCAACAGCUAACAGAGUGUUAGAGCCAUGUCAUAGAAGAAGAAAAAUGGUUGUUACAAGAAUAUCGUCACAAACUUAGAGGGAGCCAGUGGAUAAAUUUUAAGGACAGAAGUGAUGUGAUGUUAGGACCUUAUACUUGUAAUCUAUGACAUUAUUUUUAGAAUCUCAAAUUUUUCCACCUUAAAGAGGUUUUAACAGGAACUCCUGGAAAAAAUAAAAAAUCUGAAUCUUUCAACUUUCUGCAGAUUUUGGUGAAACAUCUGCAAGAGCGACUUAUAGAGCUGCAGGGAGCGAAGGAUGCUCUGGUGAUAUCGAGGACCAGAGAGGAUGCUCUGCAGAAACAGGUGGGAGAGCAUCACAUUUAAAACCCUUUAACUUUUAUGGUAAAGAAAAAAAAAAGGUUUUUUUUCUUGAAGUUUUUAUUGCAGUGUCGUCAUCUUAGAAAAUUAAUACUUUUAUUUUUUUUCUGUUCCACUCUCUAUCUUACAUCUGUAUUUUUGUGGUUUAUAGAUAUUGAACAAAGCGAGACUGUUUUAUAAAUCAUUUGUUAGAGAAGUUUAAAUCCUCUCCUUCCUGUGUUUAUACUUUACAACAUAAAGGUAAAGCACUUUUACAAGAAUGUCAUGUAUCUCCAGAUAACAGUGAGCAAAUUGAAUUAGAUUAUUUUAGCUUUUUUAUCAAUCAGAUUUUUUUCUUUUUCGUUUUUUUCAAAUAUAUUUCUUUUUCUAAUUAAAAAGCUGAAGCCUUGUUCCCUCGAUCAGCUAAACUGUCUGCGAAUGAUACCCAUCAAAGAAUAAGUCUGCGUCAGUCAAUGUGAGAAGCUGAAACAUGUUCUUGUGGUUUCCUGUUUCUUUAUUGGGUUAAAAAGUUUUCUUUAAACUGAAUAAUAGGAUCCAGUUUAGUUGUAUUUUAACUCCUCAUAAUCCUGCUGUGUUUCACCUCCUGAUCAGCUGACCAGACUGCUGCAGGAGCUGAAAGAAGCUAAAGAAGCUCAGAGUCCAGAGGUGAAGCUGCUGUGCAGUUUGGAGAAGAAGAUCUUCAACAUGGAGCUCAGACACCAACACAGAGAGAAAGAGCUGCAGCAGGUACCCACUGUUCACAUAGGAGUUACCAAGAUGUUCAAAGUCUCUCAUUUGACUGAUUACUAGUUAACGGGUGAUAAUUCACUUCAAUUAUUUAGGUGACAUUUUGGAGGUGUGGUUCUCCGCUCUCUAAAACGCUCCGUCUUCCCCCUGUAGGUGAUCGGCAGCUCGUGGCAGACGUCAGAGGGCGACCAGCAGUCAGAGGUAGAGCGAUGGAAACGUCUAGCUCAGGAUAAGAGCAGAGAGCUGGAGGCUUUCCGUCUGGAGCUGGACUCCAUCCUGGACAUCCUGAGACACCUUCAGAGACAGGGAGUGGUCCUGACCCCCAUCACCACUCUCACAGCACCCACCAGCACCCAGAGAAGUUAGUGGUUGGGCUGAUGGAUGUCUUUUAAGCCAAACUGACUCUUAAAGGUUAUUUUAACUUUCUAUCAGAGUAACUUAAUGGGACGAGAAUACGUCCUUCCUGUUGACACUGCAGAACCUUAUCUGAAAAUAACCGACAAUCACACUCAGAGGUUCAAUUUUCAGGGUUCAGAGGCAUUUGUCUGUAAAAUGUACAUUAUGUAACUAGUUUCUAGUUUAAGAUAUUGUAACUUAAUAAGAUUCAGUGAAAAUAAAUGUUUCUCAAGUUUGAAUAGUUCAGGUGAUGUUUUGUCACACCAUGUAUAUCUUUAAAAUAAAUUACGGUAACCCUUUCUUUUACGGUACACUUACCAGGUAAUUAACAGGUAAUUACCUAGUAACAACAUAAAAUUAUCUGGUAAUAAUUACAUGAUAACUACUAAGUCAAUAGUAGUUUUUCUUUUUUUCUUUUUCCUUUGCAGCUCCAUUUUCAAAAGCUAUUUGGGGUUCUUAUUUUCUGUGAUUGACACUGGAAAUACCAGAGCAAUUCGGCUUCAAAUUUGUAUGAUGAUGGAAGGUUACCUACCUGGUAGCUAGACAGUAUUAACUUGGUAGUUAUCAUGUAAUUACCAGAUAAUUUCAUGUUGUUACUAGGUAAUUACCUGGUAAUAAGUGUACCGUAAAAGAAAGGGUUACCUAAAUUACUCAUAACAUGAUGCAUUUAAUCUUGUAACG